CCACAAUCCCCAAACCCACCAUCACCUCCACCAAAUAAUCACCAACAAAGUGCUCAAUUAUUUCAAAGUUCUAAUGUUAAUACUCCUGCGCUCAUGAGUGAACAAAAAAAAUCAUAAAUUACGCUAGGAAAGGAAAAAAAACAACGAUUAUAUAUUUUAAACGAAUCGUGCAUUAAAAUUCGCGAAACGCGAGACGCAUCGAAAUGGGAAUAAAUAAAGUUCAAAGCAGUGGAUUGAGAUAAGGUUAACCCGCAAAUAGAUACACCCAUAAUAGAAUACAUAUAUAUUUUUUUUUUAAUUUCACAAAUUCUCGGUGUUUUUUUUUCUUUUUGUGGUUUUAUUUCAUUUCAUUGUUCGGAACGUUUGUGACGUGAUCGAAUGGUUUUUGUUAUUUUGUCUCUGUGCUCUGUGAUUUUUUAGUAUCAAUCAGUUGCAUUUCGUGGGAAGUUUAUUCGCAUUAGGAGUGCAGAGAUUGAGGAGUUGGAUUGAAAAAGUUGUACACGAUUGUCAUACCAGUCACCAUUGCACUAUUUUUGUAGUUGAGCCCAGAGGUUUUAUAUUGUUCAGUUAUGAGGCUGAUAAUUACCGUGGUUGUAAUCAGCCGGGACAAUAAUGUUGGAAUUAUCGCCAAAGGAUCCUGGUGAAGGAUCGCCGAAUCAGACUGCAAUUAUGUCAAACCCAUCGAACAAUUCAUACACUGCCCCAAUGGACCUCGUGUCCCGGGGGGUGAGUGGGAGAUUACGACAGCUCGAGAAUUUAUUUACCAGUGGUCCAGUACGGGGUGGACGCGUGGGGCAUACAUUUUCGAUUGAAACGCUGAUCGAUAUUUUAUUAAUUCUGUAUGACGAGUGUUGCAAUUCCUCGCUGCGACGUGAAAAAACCGUCUCUGAUUUCAUUGAAUUCGUGAAACCAGUGGCAAGCUGCAUAAAAAGUCUGCAACUAGCACGUGAGGAUUUUGAAAUAGUCAAAGUGAUUGGUCGAGGGGCAUUUGGUGAAGUGUGUGUUGUAAAAAUGCGAGGGUCCGACAAAGUAUUUGCCAUGAAAAUUCUCAACAAAUGGGAGAUGCUGAAGCGAGCGGAAACCGCUUGCUUCAGAGAAGAGAGAGAUGUUCUAGUCUACGGUGAUCGUAGAUGGAUAACAAAUCUCCAUUAUGCAUUUCAAGACGACAAUAAUCUGUAUCUGGUUAUGGAUUAUUACUGCGGUGGAGAUCUGCUGACUCUGUUGAGUAAAUUUGAGGAUCGAUUGCCAGAGGACAUGGCACGUUUUUACAUCGCCGAAAUGGUUCUAGCCAUUGCAUCCAUUCACAAUCUCCGGUAUGUGCAUCGGGAUAUCAAGCCAGAUAACGUUUUGCUCGAUGCCAAUGGACACAUACGACUCGCCGAUUUCGGAUCGUGCCUGCGGCUCUUCGAGGACGGAACUGUCCAGAGUAAUGUCGCCGUUGGAACACCCGACUACAUAUCUCCAGAAAUUUUGAGGGCAAUGGAGGAUGGUCAAGGUCGUUACGGUCCAGAAUGCGACUGGUGGUCCCUCGGAGUGUGCAUGUACGAAAUGCUCUACGGAGAGACCCCGUUCUACGCUGAAUCUCUAGUCGAAACUUACGGUCGAAUAAUGAAUCACAAAAAUUGUUUCGACUUCCCCACAGACGAGGCGUACGACGUGUCAGACGAGGCCAAAGACCUGAUGAGAAAAUUGAUCUGCAGUUCGGAAUUUCGUCUGGGUCAAAACGGCAUUGAUGAUUUCAAGAAACAUCCGUGGUUCGAGGGAGUCAACUGGGACACCCUGAGGGACAGCACAGCGCCUUACAUUCCCGAAGUUUCGUCUCCAACGGACACAUCGAACUUCGACGUUGACGACACAGACGUGAGAAGUUCAGACGCUGUUCCUCCAGCAGCGAAUUCCGCCUUCUCAGCACUCCACCUACCCUUCGUGGGUUUCAGUUUUACUCAGGGCAGUUGUAUCUCUGACUUGGGUUCCCUGCCAGUCCUGACGCAGUCCCAGAAGGAUAGGAACAUAGAAAAUCUCGAGCAGGAGAACGCCAGACUCCAGCAGACGAUAUCAGACCUGAAGAAUCAGAUCUCCUCGAACAAUACUACCACGUCUCCAACAACGGUCUCCCCGGAAUCUUCAAAUGCCAUCAGAAAGCUCCAGGAUGAAAUAAACACCCUGACAAAACGUAAUGGAGAGCUGGAGGCACAGCUGAAGUCACUGGAGACAUCGACAACUCGCGAAAUUCGUAAUAUUGAUAAUGGAGAUCUUUCGAAAAUUCACGAUCUCGAGAAAUUAGUGAGACUUCUCAAGGGUGAGAAGGAGGAGGCUGUGAAGGAAAAGCUCGAUGCCCUGGAGAAGUUGAAGCUCCAGGACAAAGAGCUGAAGGACGCCCUGACCCAGAGGAAGCUGGCGAUGGCUGAGUACACUGAGGUGACCGACAAGCUGUCAGAAUUGCGCCAGCACAAGCAGAAGCUGUCACGUCAGGUUCGUGACAAGGAGGAGGAGCUCGAGGUUGUGAUGGCCAAGGUUGACAGUUUGAGGCACGACAUCAGGAAGGCAGAGAAAUUAAGAAGAGAAUUGGAGAAUAGGGUGGAGGAGGCUAUGGCUGAGACAAGUAAGGAGAGAAAACUCAGGGAGAGGAGUGAGGAGUACUGCAAGCAGAUGCAGGAGGAGACUGAAAAGAUCAGGCAGAGGUCUGUGGGUAAUGAUGCAAGGGCCAACGAUGCUUUAGCCACUCAGGAGAUAAACAGGCUGAAGGCUGAGGUGGAAAAACUUGAGGUACAGUACAAUGAGAAUCUCAAUCAGCAACAGGGGAGGCACAAUGUCGAGAUGAGAAGUCUCCAGGAGCAGCUCCACGAGGCUGAGGGACACAGGGAGCUCCUAGAGAGGGAGAUUCAAGUGACCAAGGACAAGCUAGAUGCUGCAAGACUGGAGAAUAUCACAGACAGUGAAGAGACUAUCAGUGAAUUGAGUAGAAGGCACGAGAGGGAGAAAAUUAUGCUCACUGAGGAGAACAAGAAGCUUCUUCUGGAGUUAUCAUCGGUUACUGAUAGUGUCAAUAGAAUUUCCAGUGAGAGGAGACAGCUGGAGGAGGAGUACGAGGAGCUCAGGAAUAAGAAGGAGGCGAUUGCUCAGUGGGAGGCACAGAUCACUGAGAUUAUUCAGUGGGUGUCUGAUGAGAAAGACGCCAGAGGAUAUCUUCAGGCCCUCGCUACGAAAAUGACGGAGGAACUUGAAUUUUUGAAACACUCUGGGGGCGUUGGAGGCGUUGGCAGUACCUCCACCAUGUCUGAUAAGAACUGGAGAAACAGGAGGUCUCAGAAGCUCGAUAAAAUGGAGCUGCUGAAUCUGCAGAGCUCGUUGCAGAGCGAGAUUCAGGCGAAACAGGCCAUUUCUGAGGAACUCACCAAGACGAGAUCUGAUCUUAUUGCUGCUCAAAAGGAAUUACGUGACUUCAGGCAGCGAUUGGAUUCAAUGUCCCACGAGAUGAAGAGAAAAGAAAUACAAAUCAAGGAAUUGCAAUCACGUAUUGAUUCGAGCGAUGGUUCUGUUCUACAUUCACCAAAUCAACAACGAAAAUUAUCACCAAACAUCGUUACGACAAAACCCCAACGUAUCAUCGUGCAUCAGCCGUCAUCACCCCUUCCAGUUAUGCGUUCACCCCGAAUUACAACGUGUCGUUUAUUAACUCGUUUUUCACCUGUCAACUCAAUCAUCAAUAGAAAUGCUGUUGCCACCGAAUCGUCGUCUGUUUUGGAGCGGCCGACAUCCCAAAUGUCGUACUUGGAGCACUUCCUGAAGGAAACGGCAGGCAGUACUCGUCAUGGUAGUGUUGACAGCGUCGAGGGUGACAUCGAGGACAAUCGUGCGCCAAGCAUCACCAGCAGCAAGAGUAAUUUGUCUGAACUGAGCAUAGAUCCAACAUCACCCCUGUCUCACGAAUUGCUGAAUAAAUCAUCGGCAUCUCACAGCCAAGUGACGACACUCCAGCCAAAGCCAAAGUCCCAUCAGUUCCUGGUGCGUACGUUUUCAGCGCCAACAAAAUGCAAUCACUGCACUUCCCUGAUGGUUGGAUUGACUCGACAGGGAGUGGUAUGCGAGGUAUGUGGCUUUGCCUGUCACAUGCCAUGCUGUGACAAAGUGCCAGCAAUGUGCCCUGUGCCCCACGACAAGACAAAAAGACCCCUUGGAAUAGACCCAACAAGGGGCAUUGGCACAGCCUACGAGGGCUACGUUAAAGUACCCAAAAUGGGAGGUGUGAAGAAGGGAUGGAUUCGACAGUUUGUCGUUGUAUGCGAUUUCAAAUUAUUUCUCUAUGAUAUAUCACCUGAUCGCAAUGCACUGCCAUCCGUGUAUGUCUCACAAGUUCUCGACAUGAGGGACGAGGAGUUUGGCGUCAGUUCUGUACGCGAAUCAGAUGUUAUUCAUGCCACGAAGAAAGACAUUCCAUGCAUAUUCAGAAUUACAACGUCAUUGCUGGAGCCUCCAGGCUCACGAAAUCAUACUCUGAUGCUGGCUGACACGGAGAGUGAAAAAACAAAAUGGGUAGUUGCAUUGAGUGAACUUCAUCGAAUAUUGAAGAGAAAUAAUCUUCCAAAUACAACGAUAUUUCGUGCUAAAGAAUUGUUGGACAAUACUUUGUCAAUCGUUAAGAACGUGAUGUCAGGAGCUAUUAUUGAUCCUGAUCGUCUAGUCAUUGGUACCGAGGAGGGCCUAUUCUGUUUAGAUUUAGAUCGUAGCGAAAUUGCUAAAGUUGGGGAGGGAAAGAAAAUAUAUUUACUCGAGUACAUAACUGAGGAACAACUUAUCGUUGUACUCAGUGGUAAACAGCGACAUGUCAGACUAGUCCCAGUGCGUGCACUCGAUGGUGAUGAGGUUGAGUGGAUCAAAGUUGCUGAGACUAAAGGAUGUAUAACACUCACUACUGGCGUUGUCAGGCGAAAUCCACUCACAUACUGCCUGUGUGUUGCAAUAAAAAAACAGAAUGCUUCGCAUGUGAUGAUAUACGAAAUAACACGUACAAAAACUCGCCACAAACGUAUCCAGGAAUUAAUGUUACCCUGUCAUGCACAAACACUCCAAGUUCUGUCGGAGGGACGUUUAUGUGUUGGGUAUCCAUCGGGUUUUUCGAUAUACAGUAUCCUCGGUGAUCAUCAUCCCAUUUCAUUGGUCCAUCCUGAAAAUACUCUGCUAGGAUUCUUGACGUACAGUGCCAUCGAUGCACUCCGCUGCAUCGAAUUACCAAGAGGUGAAUUCUUACUCGUGUUCCAAACACUCGCUGUUUAUGUAGACAGCCAAGGGAGAAAGAGCAGAGACCGUGAGAUCAUGUACCCAGCUGUUCCAACUGCAGUCAGCUAUUGCGAGGGAUAUCUCCUGGUUUACAGUGAGACCCAUGUGGAUCUUUUCGAUUGCAAUACUGGGGAUUGGUUGCAAACGUUAAACGUCAAACGUGCAAGGCCACUCAAUAAUUCGGGAUCAUUGACCAAUUGCAUGAUCAAUGAUAUGCCGUACGUUAUUUAUUUGAGUCAUCUUCAUCAACGAGAAUUGUUGAAUCUGACACCUCUCGAUGCCAGUGGAAGGCAGAUGACGAGACCCAGACGGCGAUUUUCAUUGCGUGAGGGCAACAGGAGCUCGCGACCCACUGACAGACGAUCGAAAAUGAUUUCAGCACCAACGAACUUCAAUCAUAUUAGUCACAUGGGCCCAGGAAAUGGUAUCCAAAUCCAACGCUUGUUAGAUUUACCAACGACUCUGGAAACAGCAGAUCAACAGCAAUAUGCGAGUCAUCACAGUAGUAGCUCUCAUUUACACGCCAAUCCGCAGCAAAGAUUUUAUGCGAAUACUAGCAUCCAGGCGCCGACAAAGCCCGCGCCACUACCUCCUAGACAUCCGCCAUCUGACACGAGACGUCUCAGCUCCCAUAUGCAGAGGAAUUCUGGAUAUUCACCUCAUAAUGGUUCAACAUCGUCGAGAAGAGGUCCAGCACCACCUCGGCCAACAGCAACACCUCCAUCGUUACCUCGUACUCCAGUUGAUCAGGGAGAAACUGAAUCACUCCAUAUGCGAUCGCAUACACCACUGUCACUAGGGAGCGUUGCUUCUUUGCAAGAAAAGCAGGAGCACACAUCUGGUGGAAGCCCUCGUCACUCAAUCGCCUCGAACAACAGUUCCAACCCAUCGACACCCCCGAGUCCAGCCCACGAUCACGGAUCAUCUUCCUACGACUCAUAAACCCCGAUAUACUCAUCGGCCAGCUACUUAUUUGCAUCAGCCUCCAUUACCAGGUAUGAAUCCCAAGCGUGCGGAUGCAAAACUCCCUUAGAAUAAAAAAAAUUGAAAAAAAAAAUCUAUCGAAUUAUCGAUAAAUCGAUCAAGCAGCUGUCGAGACAACUUUGAAAGCAGUAAACUUAUCCCUACAGUUACGGCUAACGAGUUGCCAUAGUAUUACUGCAAAAUAAUUAUUUGUAAACAUGAAGAAAAUUAUGAACUAAUUUUAUCCCUUAAUUGCCAAAUAACAUAUGCUAGAAUCUCACUAAAGGUAUGAAAAUUAUAUAACACGAAAUUUAUUAUCAUUUUUAUGUCUUCAAAUUUUUAUCGAGUUCUUUGUCCAUAUGGAAUUAGAAUAUUUGCAACUGUCAAAUAGCCUUAUUUAUUUUAACGUAAAUGGAUUAAAUGUAGACAGCAGUUUUAAUUUGUAUUGUUCAUUCAAUCAUGAAAUGUCGAAACUUUUUUACGUGAAAAUGUAGAGAGGGGAUUUUUUUAAUUGAAUUUUUGACACACAAAUCGUGCAUAAUACAAAUGAAGUGAAUAAAGUACUAUUCAAUCAUUUCACCCCUCUGCGUAAAUUAAUAAUUGUAAAUAGAUACUUAUAAAAUUUGAGAGCCCCUGCUUAUCCGUGAUGCCCCCGAAAUUUUACGAAUUUUCUAUGUCAUUGUUCCCUCAAAAAAAUUAUCACAAUAACAGAAAAAAGAAGUCUGAAUUUUUUCUCUGAAAGAAUAAGACAAAAAUCAGUCAAAUUACCGUAGCAAUAAUGAAUUAAAUAAUUAGGCGACCUUCAGUUCUAGGCAUUACACAAAAUAAAAAUGAAUUUCUAAGUUCGAUGUAGUGUUUUUAAAUGAAAAAAACCAUUGUUAGAGAUAAACUUAUCGAAUUAAUGAGAAAUAAUAAUCAAGCUUCCACCAGGGAGGCACGGAGAGGGAAAUAACAAAUAUAAAAUUUAUUGAAUGCCUUAUGAUUGAAAAAGUUUUAUAUUUAUGUGAUAAUGCGGUUUAAGGCAUUAUACAUAAUUUAAUUGAUACGCCCACAGUGUGAAUAGUAGUGUGUAAGCAUAAUAAUCUGUUGCAAUCACGUGUAGAUGAUAAUGAAAAAUAUGUGAAGAUCAUUGAAAAGAUAAAUAACAAUGUCAAUAAUAUAUUACGUCUGUAACUCGUCGAGGAUAACAAGAGUCAAAGUCAAAUGUCAUUUAUACUGUUCUUCGUCGAUUUAACAGAUUGGCUCAGUCCAUUAAUUAUUUUUAACAGGCUGAACAUUUAUUUAAAUAUAGCAAUUAUGCUUUUGCUGAUUCAAUCAUGAACGAAGUCACUU